CGAGGGGGCCGCCUCGGGCCAUGGUGCCCUUCCCCGAAGAGCCCGCCGCCGCGCGGGGGACGAGCGAGGCGCAGCCGCCGGGCCCCGCGCCCACCGUGGGGGUCGCUCCGCUGUCCGGCCCGGGACCCUCGGACGGCCCCGAGGCGUCCGUGGAGAAGGUGGAGGUAGAGCUGAGCGGGCCCGCGGGCGCUGAGCCCCCGCAGCCUCCCGAGGGCGGCUGGGGCUGGCUGGUGAUGCUUGCCGCCAUGUGGUGCAACGGGUCGGUGUUCGGCAUCCAGAACGCCUGCGGGGUGCUCUUCGUGGCCAUGCUGAAGACCUUCGGGUCCAAGGACGAUGACAAGAUGGUCUUCAAGACAGCAUGGGUAAGUUCUCUGUCCAUGGGGAUGAUUUUCUUUUGCUGCCCAAUAGCCAGUGUCUUCACAGACAUGUUUGGUUGUCGGAAGACAGCUGUUGUGGGUGCCGCUGUUGGAUUCGUUGGACUCAUGUCCAGUUCUUUUGUAAGCUCCAUCGAGCCUCUGUACCUUACCUAUGGAGUCAUAUUUGCCUGUGGCUGCUCCUUUGCCUACCAGCCCUCCUUGGUCAUAUUGGGACACUAUUUCAAGAAGCGCCUCGGACUGGUGAACGGCAUUGUCACUGCCGGCAGCAGCAUCUUCACAAUUUUGCUGCCUUUCCUCUUAAGGCUUCUGACUGACAGCGUGGGCCUCUUCUACACACUGAGGGUCCUCUGCAUCUUCAUGUUUGUCCUCUUUCUGGCUAGCUUUACUUACCGACCUCUUGUUCCAAAUGCCAAAGAUAAAGAGAGUGGAACCAAAGGAGGCAACAGAUUCUCCCUCUUUUCCAGGAGGAAGUUUAGUCCUCCAAAAAAAGUUUUCAAUUUUGCCAUCUUCAAGGUGACAGCUUAUGCAGUUUGGGCAGCUGGAAUACCACUUGCACUUUUUGGAUACUUUGUGCCUUAUGUUCACUUGAUGAAAUAUGUGAACGAGAGAUUUCAAGAUGGAAAAAACAAAGAGGUGGUUCUCAUGUGCAUUGGCAUCACUUCAGGAGCCGGACGGCUGCUCUUUGGCCGGAUUGCAGAUUAUGUGCCCGGUGUGAAGAAGGUGUAUCUUCAGGUAAUCUCCUUUCUCUUCAUUGGUCUGAUGUCCAUGAUGAUUCCCCUAUGUAGGGUCUUUGGGGCCCUCAUUGCUGUCUGUCUCAUCUUGGGUCUCUUCGAUGGAUGCUUCAUUUCCAUUAUGGCCCCCAUUGCCUUUGAGUUAGUUGGUGCCCAGGACGUUUCUCAAGCAAUUGGAUUUCUACUUGGAUUCAUGUCUCUACCCAUGACUGUGGGCCCACCUAUUGCAGGGUUACUUCGUGACAAGCUGGGCUCCUAUGAUGUGGCAUUCUACCUCUCUGGAAUCCCUCCCCUUAUUGGAGGUGCUGUCCUUUGUUUUAUCCCCUGGAUCCAUAGUAAGAAGCAAAGAGAGAUUGAUAAAACCACUGGAGGAGAAAAGAUGGAGAAAAUGUUGGAGAAUCAGAACUCUCUGCUGUCAAGCUCAUCUGGAAUCUUUAAGAAAGAAUCUGACUCUGUUAUUUAAUGUCUUACAUACCUCCACCAGACUGAACUUGCUUUCAGAAGUUUAAGCAAGUUUUCCUUUUAUAUAAAUUGCAAAUUUCUUAUUUUUUUAAUUACAUACUAGGAAUAGCACAAUAAUGAGGAGCUAGAACCCUUAUUACUACAAGAACCAUUUUCUGCCACUGAAUAGCUAGCUGUCUGGUAUUUCCAUGAGUGUGGGGGCAGAGACUCUGGUAUAUGAAAACUUACUUCGGAAAGUCAAAUAUUGUGAGCAUUGAUGCUAUCUCAGUAAAAAGCAACUCUGGAAACUGUGAAUGCUAAUAAGCUUGUACAAAUAUUUAAAAAUACCUCAAGCUAUGGUGAAAGGGUUGCAAUUUGGUUAGGACUGGAAAAAUUGUCAAUUGUCUCAUGUGAUGUUUUUAAUUCCGCUAUCUCUGUUUUAAUUUCUUCUGCUACUGGAAAACUUUUUACAAGAUUGAAGCCUGGAUUCUAGGUAAUGUCAGAUCUCCCUAAACCUCAAGUCUGUGUUAAAGCUGCUUGCCUGCUGUUAAAUAAGAUCUGAAAUUAAGUUAUUCCGCCUUUUCCGGUGUCCAGGGAGCUUCCAGGAGCAGACGGUAGCACCGUGUUCGGAUUUGUGCACGACACAGAAGGGAUCCUGGUCAUAAGGGCAGAGCAAUUCGGGAGGCAGGCAUUUCUUCCUCCUCCAUUUGUUCCCUUUCGGUUUGCAGUGUGUUUUACUCAAGUAGCCAGAAACCCCCAAACUUCUGAACUUGUUUCAAGUGUAACAAUAAAGUGAAAUAGAAUGAAUGAAAGAGA